UUCGUUGCUGCUGACAGAACACAGGCCGCAGUGAUUUGGUAGCCGCUGCAGUAGGAGGAAGGACCGCGGUUCUACCCCUUCUAUCUUUCAGUUUUGCCUCAAAUUUAUUUUGGUGGUUCGAUUUGUUAGCAACCAGUGAGUUCUGUGUACAGAGACGGUGUUUUAUGAAUACCUGAGUCGUAGUAUUCACCAACGGACAGCGGUAUCAAUCGCCAUUUUAAUCGCACGUUUUCCCUGACAGAAGCGCUAGCACAACAAUGGCUCUGAAAAGAAUUCACAAGGAAUUGAAUGAUCUGGCACGGGACCCUCCAGCCCAGUGUUCUGCAGGACCAGUAGGAGAUGACAUGUUUCACUGGCAAGCCACAAUAAUGGGACCUAAUGACAGUCCUUACCAGAGCGGGGUUUUCUUCUUGACCAUACACUUCCCCACAGACUACCCCUUUAAACCGCCAAAGGUUGCAUUUACCACAAGAAUCUACCACCCAAAUAUCAACAGCAACGGCAGCAUUUGUCUUGACAUCCUGCGAUCACAGUGGUCUCCAGCUCUCACCAUCUCCAAAGUUCUCCUGUCUAUCUGCUCCCUGCUGUGCGACCCAAACCCGGACGACCCCUUAGUACCCGAGAUCGCCCGCAUCUACAAGACGGACAGGGAAAAGUACAACAAAAUAGCUCGGGAAUGGACACAAAAGUAUGCAAUGUAGUGUUGGGGUAGAACCAUGGCCAACCACCUCUACGACGUAAGGCUAGGGGAGCUUCAGACGUAAAGAGAAACAAACACAAAACCAUACAAACAAAUGAAAAGUUUAAAACAAGAUCUUGUUGGUUUCCAUUGGAGUGCUUUCUUUGAGCCACGCCUCCCCUUCACCAGAGUACCUGUAAAACUCCCUCUGCCCCACCUCCCCUUGUUCUCUCCCUUUUUUGUCUCCUCCCUGUUUCUUUCUCUGUUUGGCUUUCUUCCCCCUCCCAUCUCAGCUCACCUGCCCAUCCUGCUGUGUGCAUAUUUUUAACUUGAAAUAAUAAAACGUUUCUCCUCCCUACCUUAUUUUUUUUCCUCCCACUACCUCCUCUGGUCUGUGAUCCCAUCUCCUGACUUAUGUGUUCGGUUACAUUUUGUCACCAAGCAGGUUGGGCUGUCGAUGACCCUCCCUUUUUCCCUUCAUCCUCACCAUCACUCAAAGCAUCCUUCUUUAGCAUCUGUAACAUUUUGAGGGGACCUUUUUCUUUGUUUCCCCAUAUCUUCUUUUAAGGGGAAGGGGGACAGUAAGUUGGAGGGAUUUUUACACUCUGCAUCCUUUCUUGUUUUGUUGUCCUAAUGAUUUCCAUCUGUAGAGGUGACGAUCCAAGAAAGCAGUUUUCGCACGCGAGUCAAAGGGCACUCUGUUUUAUAAAACAAACUCAGAAUUCAUUGUGGGCUGUGUAAAUGGAAAAAAUGCACAUGGCCUGUUUUGCUCUUCUGUUGAAUUCUAUUAAAGGACUUGAAGUUUUUCACACACCUCAUGCUUCCCUAUUCCCCCCCUCCAUCCCAAACCACACAGCUUUCACCCUCACUCAAGUGAACCCCUUUGUACAUGCACGCACGCACGCACUCACACACACACACACACACACACACACACAUAUGCGCGCACAACUGUAUCUUCAUGUGACCCCACUACCACCUCCUUUUCUUUAUUCCAUAAGUGGAGGUUCUGGACCAGUUAUUUAAGCAAUUAAUUUUUCUUAGUUUAAACUGUGUUUUUAUUUCCUGCCCCCAUAAUUCUUUAGUUUACUUCCUUUUUAUUUCUUCCCCCCCUUUUUCUUUUGCUAUUGUCAAAUUAGCGGCUAACAUCUUAAAUGGCUAUGGGACUGGCUUGGGCUCUGGGUGCGAGGAGAACCCACUCUUCUUGCACAAAACCUCUGUAUAUUGAAUUACCUGAGAGGCUCGUUGAGCUUUGUGUGUUGAUUAAACUGUGUAAUAAAAAACUUUGACUCCUG